AUGCUUGGGCUGACUGCAGCCAAAUCUCAGCCUCUGCUCAUCCUCCGCCAUCGAUAUUCUGGAAAAGACGUUGUUGUCGACGAGCAGUGCACAUGCAUUCCACGGCACCUCGCUCAGCCGCCGAUCGUCUGGAAUCGUCAUCUUAAGAAUGUUCAGCCAAGCAUAGCCUCCGUCAUCCCUUGUCACUACGUACGACUCUGUUGGAUCACCAUUUACCAAAAAUGCACAAAGGUAUGCUGUCGCACAGCGAUGACGGGGUAUUAAAUACCGCUCGCACUUCCAUCUCAUACUGCUUCUUCCAUCCCACCUCAUUCACAUCGUCCGCGCAUCAAGAACUGCACCAUGCUUUCCACCAUUCUCUCAGCAGCCUUGUUGGGCUCUCAAUUGGCCCUCGCUCUCCCAGCUGCUCAUGGCGGACCGGGCUGGUAUUCGACCGCAACAUCCCCGGCGUCGGCAUCUCAGACUCCGUUCAAGUUCCCGCUGCCCAACGGUUUCCCGAACAUCCAAAUUCCAAGCACAAAACUCACCACGAUCGAGAAGGCCGCUCAUGGCACGCUCCCCAACACUCCGCUGGCAAGCAAACUAGCCCCGGCCGACGUUACCAGCUUCCAACUCAUCGCUUUCAACGAGAUCUUCGAAGUGGCCUUCUUCUCCUCUCUCCUGAGGAACAUCACCUCCAACGUCGCAGGCUUCGGCGUGGGGAGCCCAGAGGUGCAGAAAUCCGUGGUGAAGGCACUGCGGGCGGUUCAUGCACAGGAACAGCUACAUGCGCUCGGUGCAAAUGCCAUUCUCACUGCCGCGGGCGCCGAGGCGAUCCAGCCUUGUGAAUACAUCUUUCCCAGCGACAACUUUGACUCGGCGAUCAGCUUGGCGCGGACUUUCACCGAUGUGGUGAUGGGUACGCUGCAAGAUGCGCAGAAUGGCCUGGCUGUCAAUGGCGACGAUGAGUAUGUCGGAUUGAUCGGUGCCAUCAUUGGCCAAGAGGGUGAACAAACCGGGUACUAUAGGUCACUUCUCGACCUUGUCCCUUCGGAGCUGCCAUUCCUUACUCGCUCUACCGGCCCCUGGGCAUAUUUCGCUCUCAACCAGAACUUCAUCGUCCCGGGCUCGUGUCCCAACGCCCACAUCAUCGACCUUCCCAUCUUGGGCCCUCUCAAGCUCGAGACUCCCAAUGUCGAAGCAAAAGACCAGACCCUUACUUUCUCCUUCACCAACAACGGAACAGACACGAGCUCUAUGAGCUUGGUCUACCAGAACCAGCAAAACCUGCCGAUUGUCGAGAAGCCAAGAAACAUCCGGACGAGUGGCAACACCGUCACCUUUGACGUGUCUCUGCCAUAUGAGGAGAACAUCAUGAAUGGGCUCACCCUGGCCGUGAUCACCGAUAUUGCCGGGCCUUUCUCCAGCGCCGAUGAUGUCGCUGCCGUUACGCUCUUUGGCCCGGCGCUGAUCGAGAUUGAUUGAUUCAGGCC